CAUAAAAAAAAUCAAGCACGGACACAGAGACAGACAGCAGUCGCUCGCCCUCCCCAAAAUCCCCAUCCGCACUCCGCAGCUCAAAACUCUACCCAAUUCAAUUUCAAACCGCAAUCUCCCCUGCCUUGCCUUCCUUCCCCUUCACAGCUUCAUCCACCGCUCCUCCAAUCUCCGUCGCCAUCGCCAACCCUGAGCUGAAAGCAAGGCCAACAAGCAUCAUAGCAGUCUCGCUCUCGCACCACGCGAGUGAGACACCAGGCAACCACCACGAGACAGGGACGGGCGCCAUCCUCAUCCACCACCACCCUCCCAGCUUCCGUUGGCUUCACUCCCACUGCAGGCCCCACCUCACUCGCUCGCGCCACAGAUCUCGCCUGCCGGAACCCUAAUGCCGCAGGUGGACGCGCCGGGGGAGUAACGCCGAUGCAGCGCCGUGUGGGCAUGGCGGACGGCGAGGCCAGGGGGCGGACGCUCGGCGCCGUCAUCAAGGAGAAGGAUGAGGAGCUCGCGCUCUUCCUCGAGAUGCGCCGACGCGAGAAGGAGCGCGGUGCUGCGGCGGCGGCAGCGGCGGUGGCGGCGGCGGACCAGCUCCUGCUCUCUGGCGACUCCGUGGCGGGGGACGGGAUGCUGCUUCUCGGCCCGCCGCCACCCGCCGGUGAGAACUUCAUUUCGAGCUCUUCUUCGGGCCUCCUACGGCCGUUCCUUUGCAUUUUACUCCUGUCUCGGGAAACCCUAGCUUAUCUUGGUUUGGAUUUUUGGUUAUUUGUGGUUGUAGAGCCCAAACCGGUGGCGUACAAAGUGGCUGGUGGCGGAUUUAGGAGGGCGCCUGGCGGAGCGGACGAUUUCCUCCAUGCAGACGCUGGCGACAAGAACGAUUACGACUGGCUUCUGACACCACCAGGAACUCCACUAUUCCCAUCUCUAGAAGUUGAGUCGAAAAGGUCCCCGGUGAGCCAAGCUGGAACACCAAAGACUCGUCCAACUGCCUUAAAAUCAAGGUUGUCCAACCAUCCAGAUCCUCCAUCAAGAACCAACCUCCCAUUGAGGACAACAUCAUCGAACAGCCUGAACUCAGCUAGUUCCAAAGGUUCAAGGCCUUCGACCCCCACUUCCCGGACAACUGUUCCUGCCAAAACUGGAGCUUCUGUGUCAAGGUCGUCAACACCGACUUUGAGAUCAACACUUCCAUCAGCCAGGUCAACGACCCCUUCAAGCAGGGCAGUUGGUCCUGCUAGCAGGACUUCAGCUCCUAUAGGCAGAGCAUCUGCCCCUGCUAGUAGGUCAUCCACACCUACUUCAAGGUCAUCAAUACCUGCUACCAGGUCAACAACACCAUCAUCCAGACCCUCCAUACCAGCACAAAGCAAGCCUACAUCAAGGGCAUCAACUCCAACAAGGCGACCUUCUGCCCCUUCGGCCCAGCAUGGUAACUUAGCUGCACCAGUUAGAUCGUCCUCAAUCUCCAAACCAGGUUCGACAAUGCCCAAAGGUUCUUCACCAGCAAAAACUGCAGCGCCAACACCUUCAAGAGGCAGCUCCCCUACUGUCAAAUCAAGACCAUGGAAACCAUCUGAAAUGCCUGGUUUCUCUCUUGAUGCACCUCCAAACCUAAGGACAUCGCUACCAGAAAGACCAACCUCUGCCACUAGGGGCAGACCUGGGGCACCUAGUUCUAGAUCUUGCUCUGUUGAGAGUGGGCCAGCUGGUCGACCAAGACGGCAGUCUUGCUCUCCCUCCAGAGGAAGGACUUUAAGUGGCAGCGUGCCUUCAGGGAGCUCCAUGCCAGCAGUGAGAAGGUCACAUCUCAAUGGAGGUGACAGUGUGAAUCCAGUUCAAAUGGGUAAUAAGAUGGUUGAAAGGGUUGUGAACAUGAGAAGGCUAGUUCCUCCAAAGCAUGAUGAUCAAAGAUCUAGCCUGAACAGUGUAUCUGGUAAAACUUCAAAUUCCCCAGAUAGCUCGGGCUUUGGUAGGACUUUGUCGAAGAAAUCACUGGACAUGGCACUUCGACAUAUGGACAUAAGGCGCAGCAUUCCAAACAAUUUACGGCCUCUUAUGACAAGUAUCCCUCCAUCAUCUGUUCAUAGCGCACGUUCAGGAUCCACAAGGAGCAGACCAAUGAGUGUCUCAGACUCACCGCUCGCAACAAGCAGCAACGCUAGCUCUGAGCCGAGCGUCAACAACAACCUGAUGUGCCUGGACGGUAUUUAUAUGGAUGAUGAGUUGUGCAGCGAUAGAGCAGGACCCUAUGGACGGUGAUUUCACUUCCAAAAGGUUUAAAAGGCAUGAUUCUGAUGGAACCAUUUGGCUACAGAAUGUUCAGAGCAGCAGGGUGGAAGAUAUCGAGUACCUGACGAGCAUUAUUAUUUUGUUAUAUUUUAGGUUCUUCGAAUGUUCAAUAUCUAUCCAGUUCCUUCGUGUCGUGUCAUGCUCUGCAGCUCCAUGUGCAAUUUUAACCAUGGACCUUAAUACACUAUUGAAAAGUGUCCUUUAUGUGAUAAAUCUCUAGAGCAGUUUAUAGCAUCUUUGACAUGCGAUUUGGUAGUGGAACAUGUUCCGAUGGCUGAACGUUUGUGCUCCACAACGUUCAGUGUCGCUAAUGUAACGUCUCCUAGAAUGUGUAGUUAAACAAAUUAAGCAGGAGUAUUUUUUUUUAUAUAAGGUAGUAGCAGUAUCAGUUUGAA